AUGGAGACAGACGUGGUGAACUCGCUGGGUACCUUCAGCGAUAGCGAGUACUACAUUGUUCCAAAUUUUAGUUGCAAUAAUUUCUAUCUACCUAGUUCCAUCCAACUGUUUGAAAGCUUGGGAAAUUUCGGAGUUGGCCUCGUGACGGUGGCGUCGAUGCUGUGCGCGGCGUGCGUUUAUCUGGCGGUGGACGCCUGCAGCAACAUCUGCUAUCGGAAGGAGAGUCAGUCGGUCAAGAUCAACGCCUGCGCCGUCUUAUCCGUCUACCCGAUCGCCAGCCUCUGUAGCCUCGCGGCUCUCGCGCUGCCAAGGGCGCAGCUGCUGUCGGAAGGUUUGACGCAGGUCUCGCUGACGAUCUCGCUGUACCGGCUGUUCCAGUUGCUGCUGGAGCUGGGACUCCGAGGCGCGAGCAAGGCGCCGACGCUGGCGCUCAAAGUUGGCCCGUGCUGCUGUUGGCCGUGCCUGCCCAUGCCAAGCCUCGAGAUGACCGAAGCCAAUUUGUCCUGGCUACGACUCACCGUCCUUCAAUUACCUAUAGUUCAGGGACUGAUCUACUGCAUCCUACUGUUCAUGUCGGCCGAGGCACCGAUCUUCGCCACGAGCUACGGCCGUUUCUUUCAGCCGCUCGUCAUAAUUAGCAUACUUCUUGGAAUUUACGGGCUGACUGUCGUUACCAAGAGCCUGCAGGACAUCGCGCCAGAGACUAAACUUGCCCAGAGAACGAUAGUCGCUCAAAUGGUAUUGUUAUUCUCCAAGCUGCAGGGCUUCCUUAUCAAGGGCCUCGUCGACACUGGCCUCUUCCCCUGCAAUCCACCACUCACACCGCUUGUUUACGCAAACGUAACGUACGACGCCCUGAUGGUAAUCGAAAUGUUGUUGCUGUGCUACGCGGCAAGGCUGAUUUACGCCGGCGACGAGAACGAGGCGGUUGUAACCAACAACGCCAGCAAUGCGAGCAGCAACGGCGGUCAGACAGAUCAGCAGCGCGACAAGAGCCUGACGAACGGCCAUGACUCGGUCAGCCUCCAAAUUCAGCAGCAACAGCACGCGCCUGCUGCUACACCCAAGAACCAGACCUCUUGA